AUGUCCGCCUUGGGCCAGCCCGGGUCCAGCUCCCACACCCAUCCGGGCCUGACCUUCCCGCAGGUCAGCGGACUCAACAGACGCGGAGGAUAUCCAUCUUCACACUCGUCCACGCCGCCGAAACCUUCUCCCACGCCUCAGCAACACCAAUCCCCGUACCAGGCCGCUCAAUAUACUCCCCAGCAACCCCCGCAAGCCGCCUACCCGCAACAUCUCUUCCAGAGCACCACCCCGUCUCCGGUACCCAACGUCGCCAGUCUACCUAACUUAUCAAAUGGCAACUCGAGACACGCCUCAGCUCAGGCUGCUCAGGCUGCUCAGCAUGCCCAAGCUGCUGUGCAGGCCGUUCGCCAGCAUCAACACCAGCACCAGCAUUCUCAGCACCAGCGGAGUAGCCAGCAGCGUCAGAUGCAAUCUCAGCCGGGACCUCCAACCACAAUGGCAUAUCUCCAGCAAGCCAUGAACCAGCCUGUCCAAUCCGUUCAACAGGUACCCCAGUCAGUACCCCAGCCGGUUCUACAGAUGCCGCACCCUCAGUCGAUACCACAGCAAAUCCAGCCGCAACCUGUUCAACAGGUCCAGCCAACCCCACCGGUUCAACCGAACGACAGCAAUCUGAUAUCUCCGAAUCCGCCGCAUCAUCAACCUCACCCGCAAGCCCAUCCGCAAGCCCACCCCCAAGCUCAUCCACAGGCACAUCCCCAGGCACAUUCGCAAGUCCAUUCGCAAGUACACCAGCAGGCGCUCCCUCAGCCUCUGCCUCAAGUUCAUCAGCAGCCUCCGCCGCCAUUACAGCCUCAGCCGACCCCUCAAACGCAGAGCCAACCGCCGCCAGCCCCUCGACCAGAGCCAAGUGUUCCGCCGCAGGAAGCUCAGCAUCAUGAUGAUAUGGAUAUGGACAGUCAAGGGGAGGAGGGAGAGGGAGAUAGUCACAUUUCGCCUAAGCUCAUCGAAGGAACACCCUUCGUACCGAGGACGCCAAUGGGCACGAUGAUGUCCGCUCCGCCUGAAGGGGGUAGUUUUCCUAGUCUUGAUGCUGUUCAUAAGCACGUGCUUGCGUACUGCACAUCGGUGGGAUAUGCCGUAGUUAUUGGACGGUCGAAGAAGACUGUUCCGGGUUUAAAGAAGGUUCUUUUCGUAUGUGACCGUGCUGGAAAGCCUCCAAGCCGGGUAAGCCCUGAGAAUAGGAAACGAAAGACGUCUUCUCGCAAAUGUAACUGCCAAUUUGGGUUCUUCGCUAUCGAACAGAGAACGCAGUGGACGAUUCGCUAUCGUCCCGACCAAACCCACCUCCAUCAUAAUCACGGCCCUAGCGAGAGCCCGCUUCUCCACCCAGCCGCGAGGAAAUUAGAUAGCGAGAUGGUUGCUGCCGUUAAAAACUUGAAGGAAUCUGGUAUUGGCGUGACUCAAACUCUCGAAAUUCUACAACAGCAGAAUCCGCAUGUACCUCUCCUCCCUAGGGAUAUUUAUAACGCGCGUGCUGCAAUAAAUCGAAACCCGCAAAAAGUGGAAGCAGGUAUCGCAGAACAGCGGCCGGCAAUAUAUAGUAAGCCUGCCCCGUCCGCCGAGGAACGCAUACGGUCCGACCUUAGGCGAGAGCUCGCUCGGGCCAAGGAGGAACUAUCCCGGGUUAAAGAAGACAGCCGAAAAGAAGUAGAAGAGCUGAAGGAGAAGCUACGGGAGAAAGAUAAAAUGAUCGAGAAGUUCGAGAUGUUUAUCGACAUAUGUAACGAACGGGUCAUGGUACAGAGGGAGAGACUGAACGAUACUGGCGGGGUCAACGGCGGAGCAGGAGGCUCAAAUAACUAA